UCAUCAUCAUCAUGAUAAUCAAACUCUCUGAGCAUGAACUUUUCUCCACCCAUUACUCAAGACUCAUCUCAUAUCUCAUCGUCAUCAUCUUCAGAGUUUCUAGUUUACAUAUUGAAUCAACAACUGAAUCGUUUCAUUCAUCAUCAUCAUAACUUGUUCAUCAAUUAAAACUAAUUUCCCAGCAUCUAAAAGAUAUCAACAUUUUAUAUCUCUGUGAAUUAAUCAAGUCAAACAAUUAACUUUGAAACAUUGAAGCAAAAGUUUCAUUUUGUUAUUGUGAUUUAAUUUGAUUGUAGACUCAAAGUUUUUCGUAUCAUUCAAAUAUAUAUUUAAUUCAGUACCGGCAUCAACCUGGUUACCGCAAUCAAAUUGGCCAUGUCGGCCGAUAGUCGACGAAGUUCAUCAUCGUCGACUUCAAAUUCGCAACCAUCAACUCCAAGUUCAGGUCCAUCAACGCCAACCGGUAAAUCACCUCCAUCUUUUGGUCCAAUUGGUUCAUUUAGUCGUUACAAUAGUUCAACAAAACGGAAACUUAAUCCAGUUCGAAGAUGCCAAUCGAUGAAAAAUCCUAACGGUCUAAUAAACGGUACCAAUGGUAACGGAGGUAAUGGUUCAUCAUCUUCGGGCAAUAGUUCAUUUAGUUCACUCUCAUCGACACCAAGUUUCCGUUCCCGUCGAGUCUCAUCAACACCCUCAUCUUUUACUGAAAGUAGCCGAUCUCACACCGAAACUGAUUUCGUUAAAUAUUAUCAAUAUAAAAUUGAUCGACCUGAGGCCAGUUUACCGUUUACUUUAAUGAUUUCAAAUGAUUCCCAAGAAAAUCAAAACACAACCAACAUAAUCAACUGUAACAAUCAACAAACCACCACAAACACACUAGUUAACAACAACAAUCAAAACAAACAAGAAAAUUUUAGUAAAUGUCGAGUUCUGGUUCUUGGCUCUUCGAGUUCGGGAAAGUCCAGUUUGAUUAAGCAAUUCGAGGCUUAUAUUGAUGAGCAAAUGUUGGCCGAUGUCGAUUCAAUCGAUCGGGACUAUGCUUAUUACCGAACCAAAUAUCAAGAUGAAAAUCGUACCAAUAACAGUUCGAAACGUUCAAAUGAUUCUGGAAUCAAACCGAUCUUGUAUCUUAACUUUAUCGAAGCCAAUUCACUCAACUCAUGUUAUCCACGAUCUCCGGUCACCGUUUAUCAGCCUGAUGCUUAUAUUGUUGUCUAUGGAGUGAAUAGCAGAGAAUCGUUUGAAAAGGCAAAGAAAACGAUCUCAGAGAUCUUCAAAUGGGACGAUGUCGAUAGUAAACCGAUUAUAUUGGUCGCUAAUAAAACGGAUCUGGUUCGAAGUCGAACUGUAUCCAAACAAGAGGGAAGACAAAUCGCCAUGAUGAACAAUUGUAAAUACAUUGAAACUUCAUGUGCAAUAUCACAUAACGUUGACUUCCUAUUAACCGGAAUCGGUGUCCAGAUAAACCUCAAAAUUAACUCAAAGAAACAACAAUUAAGUCAAUCUAACGGUCGCAGGCCAAACAUAAUUAAACGUUUCCUAAACAAAGCAGUUCUCAAGAAAUCAAAAUCAUGUGACAAUCUUCAUGUACUUUAAUUGUAAUUAACUAAUUGUCACCAAUCUCUCUCUCUCUCUAUCUAAAGAAAAAUCAAAUGAAACUUGUAUCAUCAUCCUUAUCAUCAUCACCUUGUUAUUAUUUACCAUGAUUAUUACAUAUUAUUAUUACCUCUGAUUUGAACGAGUAUCAUUUUAAACAAUAAAUUGUAAACAAUU